AUGGACAAAGGGGGCCGCAAGGAGUUCGGGGCGGGUGCCGAGGGGCACGCCCGCUUCAAGCAGUAUGACUAUCGUGCGAACUCGAGCCUCGUGCUCACCAGCGAUGUGAAGCGCGACGCUCACGAGCCCACCGGCGAGCCGGAGACGCUGGCGGGGCGCAACCUGCACAAGAUGGGUGACAGGGUGCAGCACACGCGGCCCGAGGCCCUCACGGAGCGCAAGGAGCGCAGCAAGAAGCGCGAGGCCAAGGCAGCCGAGCUCGAGUUUGCGCUGCCAGCCAAGAGCCGCAAGACCGCGGGCAGCAUGAGCGUGAUGGACCUUGACACGGCGGGGUUCUACAGGCCGCGCACCAAGGAGACGCGCGCUGCCUACGAGGCGAUGCUCAAUGUGAUUCACACGCAGUUUGGGGACCAGCCGCAGGACGUGCUGCGCGGCGCGGCAGACGAGGUGUUGGCUGUGCUGAAGAAUCAGCACCUGACAGACCCCGCGCGCCAGAAGGAGGUCAACGAGCUGCUGGGGCCGGUGGCGGACGAGCGGUUUGCGGAGCUGGUGGCCAUCGGCAAGCUGAUCAACGACUGGGUGGCCCCCGGGGCCGAGGGCGAGGUGGUGGCGGGGGACACGCUGGACCAGGAGAUUGGCGUGGCUGUAGAGGUAGGGUGGCUGGGUGUGUGA